GACUCAAUCUCACCGGUGAUUUGCCUUCCGCCGUCUGCGGAUCUCCUUUCCGAUCUAUCGGAUCUUCAUCUUUCACCUUUGUUAUGGCUGACCAAGAUCUGUGGGUUACUCUCCAGCAUCUAAACCUUGGAUCUGAGCGCACUCCUUUGAGGCUCUCUUCUGAGGCGACGAAUCAACGGGACGCUGAGCAUCGACUGAGUCUGAUUGUAAAGGGUCUUCACUCAUCUCAGAACCCGGCAGGAAUAAAAGUUAUGAUGCCAAAGAUUUGGAAAUUGGAGGGUCGUAUUACUAGCGGAAUCAACGAAGACGGAUCUGUUCAGUUCUUCUUCAAACAGGAGCAUCAAUUGCUUACAAUCCUUGAUAAUGGCCCUUGGACUUACAAAGACUGGCUUGUGGUUGUCGACCGGUGGACUCGUCGGACAUAUCCAGAUUAUCUUCGCAUCAUUCGUUUCUGGGUCAAAAUUCUGAAUCUACCAGAUGAUUCUAGAAAUGAUAGAGUGGUAAGUGAAGUUGGAGGGGUCUUAGGUCAUGUUGAUGAGAUCCACAUACAACAACCAACGUCUGAACAAGCUGGAGAAGUUUGGGUACGUGUUCCAAUAGACAUCUCUGCGAAGCUCACAUUUGCUAGUCUUAAUCAUCUAGCGUCUGGUUGUAAUGUCCAAAUCCCUGAACCAGAACAGCUACAAGUUCUAGCUCCUGCUCAAAAUCCAGCUCCUGAAGGCACUCUAGCAAAUGAAAAUCAGCUGGUAGAUAGCUCGCGCACUCCCACAGAGGUGGCAGAUGAUACUAUGGGGGAAACAGUGGGCUCAAAUCUCAAUAUGGAUAUUUCUGAUCAACAGGUGCAUGAUGGAGUACCUGGAGAAUCCAUGAAUUUUAUGCAUCCAGAUUCUCUUACAGAUAGAAUAAAUCUUACUUUUGCUGUUAGAGAAGUGGACGCUGCUUCAGCUCAGGGUUUGAGGAACCCCCUGACAAUUCCCUACCUUAAGGAUAUCAAUCGUAAGUAUAAGAUUGAUAUCCUGUUCCUCGUGGAAACUAAAAACAAGGAUAACUAUGUACAGCAAUUAGGAAAAGAGCUCCUUUUUGAUCAUCAUUUUCUGGUCUCUCCUGAUGGUCUAAGCGGUGGCCUUGCGAUCUUUUGGAAGGACUCAGUACAGUGUGAGUUUCUUGAUUCUCCAACACUCCACUAUACUGAUAUGUAUAUAUCUGAAGGAUCUAUCACUUUUUGUCUAUCGUAUGUGUAUGGUAACCCGGAGAGGAAACCAAGACAACAACUUUGGAAUAGAAUGAUGGCACUUGCUCAAGCGGGCCUUUAUCAGCGUAAGCCCAGAUUAGUGUUAGGUGACUUCAAUGAAAUCAAGAGUAACGAAGAGAAGAUAGGUGGAGCUAACAGACCAGAUUGGCAACUUGCAAACUUUCAGAGGAUGAUCAAUAUCUCUGGUCUUCAGGAGUUUAGAACUUUUGGGGGUCCUUAUACUUGGAUUGGUAACAGGUCUUGUGGUACCAUUAAGUCCAAGCUUGACAGAGUUCUUGCUUCUGCAGAUUGGCAAGAACAAUACCCUAAAGCAAAAGUUCAGCUGCUGGAUUGGUGCGGAUCUGAUCAUAAGCCACUAUUGCUUCAAACAGAGGAUAAUAAAUGGAGGGGGAAAAAAUUGUUUAGAUAUGACAACCGCUGGAGAAACAACAUAGAGGUCCACAAACUCAUUCAAAGCAUUUGGAGGCAGCAGUGUGCCCAUAUCUCUCCUCAGAAUUUUGCGGAAUCACUCAAAAGAUGUAGAAAUGGGCUGUCCCAGUGGAAGUCUGAGCAUAAUCAAAAUUCCAGAAAGAAGAUUCAGCAACUCCAAUUGGCCUUGCAGAAAGCUUAUGAAUCUUCUUAUGUGGACUAUAACUAUAUCACAGAGAUAGAAAUGCAGCUGCAAUAUGAAUAUCGUAUGGAAGAAGAAUACUGGCGCACUAAAAGCCGCAUUCAAUGGCUACACUCUGGUGACAAGAAUACUCGAUAUUUCCAUGAGAAAACUAAGCAACGAAGAUCAUACAAUAGAAUUACAUCUCUUCAAGAUGAAGAUGGAAAUAUCAAAACUUCUGAGGAGGAGAUUCAGGACAUUAUUCAUGCUUACUUUGAGCAGCUUUAUACUUCUGCUGGCACGCAUCAAGUGGACUCUGUUCUGCAGCAUAUCCAGCCCAAAGUGACUCCGGAAAUUAACAGUAAACUACUAGCUCCUGUCACAGAAGAGGAAAUCUUUCAAGCCAUAUCCAGCAUGAAUGUAGAUAAAGCGCCAGGGCCAGAUGGUUUCAAUGCAGGAUUCUACAAGUUCCACUGGCAAGACAUCAAAGCAGAUGCAUCUUGGAUUAGUCCAGAUAGCAAAAUCGGCAUUGGUUGGACCUUGCAUGACUCACAAGGUCGGCUUAUCAUUCGAGGAAGUACAUCACUUGGCCCCACUGACACGGUAUUAGAAGCAGAAGCAAUAGCUCUAAAAGAAGCUCUACUCCAAAUGCGCCGCCUCAAUUAUCAUAAUGUCACAUUCUGUGGAGAUUCAUUUACUCUGUUUGGGUAUUUGGAGAAGAAUACUCACUCUGGACUUCAAGGAAUGGGUCCUCAAGAGAUUCAAGGAUUUCUGCAAGACAUUGUACUAAUUGCGCAUGACUCUUAUCGGUUUAAGUACAUCAAUAGGCAGGCAAAUCAGUUAGCAGAUGAAUUAGCCAGAAACGCUAGAAUUCAUAACUCUCCUUAUGUUGUUUCUUGGAUAUCCUAGACUUAGCUUCUCAUGUAAAAUUUGUAAUGUAAACUUUCUCUUGUAAUAUUUCUUUCCUUUCUAAUGGAAUAUAAAUUGCCGACAAAA